ACUCAGGAAAGUUUUAAUCGGUUUGGAUCUCUGAUUGGACUAAUAGCACCAUACAGCUGUGAUUCACUGGCCACGUCCCGUCAGUGGGUGGUUGACUGUAUCAGCUGCCUCCUCUGUAUACAAGGCCAGUCCAUGAACCUGGGGUCAGCGGCGGAGGAGCUGAGAUGUCUUCGUGAAGCACUAACAGCUCCAGACCCUGAGGCUCUGUUUCAGGCAUCUUCCAAAAUGGCCAGGGUUGUUAGUGAGUACUUUCCUUCAGAACAGGCCACAGACUUUAUUAAGGCCACAUUGGGUGGUAUGUUGUCUGCCAGUCCCACCUGUGCCACGGCAGCUGGACUGUGGAUGAAGAUCAUCCUGAAGGAGUGUGGAGAUGCCAUGCUGGACAAGGUGCCAGAUAUCCUGGUUAUAAUAUAUAGCCACAUGCCUACUAUCCAGGAGGGCAGCUUGAGGCAGUUCCUGGUGGAGGCGGUGUCCAUUUUAGCUCACCAUGACCUAGAGACAGUGAUCUCCAGCCUCCUCGGCGAACCUCUGCCGAUGAACAGUGACAUCACUGAGCUGUGGAGAUCUCUGGGGGGAGACCCCUUGCUUGCCACUCAAGUCCUAAAGAUCCUGAUAGACAAGAUAAAGACUCCAACAAGACAAGAAGGCCGCAUCACCUCAGAGACUGAAAUCGACAGGGAUUUGGCAGCUGCUGAACCUCUCUCAGCAACAUGUGCCAUCUCUGAGGUGGUGUCAGCACUGGAGUCGAACAAAGCUGUGCAGGAGCUGCUCCCAGAGUUGUUUCCUGUUCUCCUGCAGCAGGUCAGCCGAACCCUAGGACAAGAGAUGCCUUUGCCCAGGAUAAGCAGCCGGAGGGAAUUCCGAGAAGACCUACAACAUACUGAGGGCGACCCUUGCCGGACUGGCCAAACUUUGGAGGAGUUGUUGCCAGACCUGGGCUUGCUCCUGUAUAAAUUCCUGAAGGCUCUUUUGCUGUUAAACCUACCAGUGUGCAAUCUACCCCAUAAGCGGUUUAUUUUGUCUUCCAGUGUUCUGCUAAGAUCUGGACUAAUAACACCUGAGAUCUUACAGAGCCUCCUCCCCUGGGUGAAUUCCCCAACAGAAAACCUCCGAGUCACCAGCACAGCUUUCCUUGCCCAGCUAAUGAGUGAUCCCAUGCUCAGGGAGAAGAAGUUCCUUAAGUCUGUCCUGAGCAUCUUGGAAGAAAGGUCACACGAUAGGAACAGCAUUGUCCGCCAGAUGGCUGUGAGAGGCCUGGGAAAUUUAGUCUAUGGGGCACCUGAGAAGGUGAAAAAGUACAAGAAGUUUCUUCUGGACAUACUGAUCGGGGCCUUACAUGACAUUUUCAGUUCGGAAGUCAUUGGCGAGAGCAUGAAAGCACUGGCCAAAGUCCUGAAGGCGCUGAAAGAGAAGGACAUAGGUUCCUACUUCAAAGACCUCACCCAACAGAUCCGGACUUACUUUGACGAUGAGGAUGAUGCUCUUCGCUCAAUGGCCUUUGUCCUAUUUGGCAUCCUGGCCCGGCUGACAAAGAGAAAAUGGAAGACCUAUUUCGCCGACCAGGUUAAAAAGAGCUGGGUCACACUUCUGCUGCACCUGCAAGACCCAAACCCUGAGAUUUCAAUGGCCAAAGAGAAUGCAGAGCUGCUGGAGAAAUUGUACCAAAUCACCAUCACGUACUUCUAUAGCAGCUGGGAAGAGAUCCGGGCAGUUGCAGCCAACUUAGCUGCUCUCCAGGUCCUACAGAAAGACCCAAGUCCCACUGUCCAGCUGGUGACAACUCAGAUCAUAAGUGACAUCUGUCUGGCCAAGUGA